AUGCGUGGGGCUGCCUUGCAGUCUCCCAGUGUGGAAGUACGCUUCAAGCUGGCAGUUGUGCCCAAGGCCGCGACUCAAUCUGAAGCAUCAGAAAGUGCCACUGAGGAUCCUCCGAAGGAUCCUGGGCCGCCCCCUUCGUCCGAGGUGGCGGAGGUGCCUGUGACGGAGACUGUGGUGGGGAAGCAUAUCCACCAAGAGGCUUUGCGCCGCUUUGGCUACUUCAAAAGCUUCCAAUCCUUCCGCAGCCUCGAGGAGAUUGAGGGCUCCGUGGAGGUUUGCCUCCCUGCCUCAGUUGGAAAGUCAGACAUCGAUGGAUUUGUUCAGUUCCUCUACCAGGGUCGACUUCCAUGCCACUGGCGGGAAAUCUACGGUGUUUGGUGCCUGUGUGAUUUUCUGCUUGCUCCAGACCGCUGGCGAACGACUGUACGCAAGCGCUUGCGGGAGGCUCUAAAAGGUCGGGAGGACAUCGAAAACCUUUUCAAGCUCGCUGAAGGAUCGCCGGAGAUGAUGGAGUUUUGCCAGGGGUUGCAACGUGUCAUCGACGUGGAUGCAGGUGAGCUGGAGCAGCUGCUUCACAUGGCCCUGCGCAGCGAGCCCGAAAGCGAAACUCGGGAACGUGUGAAGGGCAUCGUGGCCGCCAGCCACGAAACGCAGGCCGUGUCAGCUCUUCUGGCCGUCCGGCAAGAUCCCGAUAACUACACAUCAGCUCGGCGUCCUAUGCCCAGAAUGAGGCGGAAUUUCGUCCAUCACAGGAUCCCGGCUCCUGACCAUGGCCUGGACCUUCCGGAGCCUGUUUUUGAUCUCCGUUGCCAUAGCGAGCUCCUUGACGGGGAAUUUCUGUGGCUCUGGAAACAAUUGGUCCCUCAUGUAAAGGUAGCUUCUGCGGCCUCUGUGGAGCACUUCCGCGCGGUGGCCAAGUUCUUCGCAUCUUUCUGGUCCCAACACGUGAGCUGUGAGUGCACCAUGCUGGAGCCAGAGGAGGGCGGCUUCCGCGCUGUGAAGGCCACGUGUGAGGUCCCGCUGAUGGCCAUCUUCCCCCACUCCCGCUGUGAGCCGCUUUGCGGCGCGCUGAAGAAGAUGCUCCUGAUUGGCUGCAGGCUCCUUGCCAGCGGCCACGUCACGUCACAGGAGCUCCUGGAACUUCUAGACUCUGGAGUGACCAAUGGUGCCUCAGCAAUGAGCGCCUUGUCUCUGAACCACAUGAUGCUCUGCGAAGUCUUGCACGCGGUUCCGGGCAUGCACCGGAGCGCUGUCCGCAAGCACCUUCUAAACAGCAAGACCUGGGCAGUGUGGCGCCGGCGAUCCCUCCAACCUUCUUGGAGAGAUGAUGACGGUCAAGAUGCACUCAUGUCAGCAUUGCUGGACAUGUACUGA